UCAGUCAGUCAAUCCCCAUGAUGUAGCGAUCAACACAGACGCACAACAUCAAGCAAGAGCCAAUCAACAUGUGGACGCUCCAAUCCUGUCUGGGUUUAGCAAUCCAGAUCGUUGAAAUUGCUUUUGUUUGUGAAUAUCAGUCAGAUCAAUGUCACCGAAAUCAUGAUGACUGAUGCACAGAGAAGCACGAGGAGCUGCAGAGGUUUGAAGAAUGAAGAUGGGUAUGAAAUUUCCAUCCCCUUUGAGGAUACCAGCCUAGAUGAGUCUGGUUUCUAUAAUCAAAGUGACCACAUCUUUGACGAGUCAGCGUCAGGUCAGAUUCCUCCUUGCAGUCCUUACUUUCUGAUUACCAGCCUCCGAACACAACUGCAGAUUUCUCUGGAAAAAAACUCCUGGCUCCAAAAACGCAUCGAAGAUCUGGAGGAUGAGAGGGACUUUCUGCGCUGCCAACUCGACAGAUUUAUUUUCACCACCAAGAGUCAGGAGAGCAAUGGCAUGACGGGAAAAGAAACUGAAGCAGAAGAUGAGCCUCAACCCACCAGUCAGAAGCAACCCACCAAUCUGAAGCCACCCACCCGAAAGACGUCCUUUCCUUCUCCGUCACCAAUGAAGACACGCUCUGGAAAAAUCCCUACACGCAGCCAGAAGCGAAGCAGAAAAAACAAUCAAGAAGAGGAGGAGCUGAUUGAGGAGGAAGAGUAUAUAGCAGAGGAAGACUAUGUGGAAGAGGAGCAGGUUGUUACAGAUGAUGAAGGCGACGAAUCUGAGAGCAAAGGCUCACGUAAGAGUCGUUCUGGCAGGCCAAAUGGCCAGACGAGGGUGAAAAGACGACGUGUUUUCCGUAUCGCGCGAAGCAUGGAAAGACAAAGAGUUAAAGACCCUGCUGGUGUUCUGCUUCGCUACAAUAAGAUCCUCGUGACCUAUCAGAAGUUGAAGAGCAUGUCAAGAGCAUUCCAGGUCCACGGGGUGGACCGAAACACCGUCGCUUCCACCACUCCUAUUGCUGAAAUGCUUUUGGUUGCUCCUGAGAAGGUAUCUGAAGUUGGUGAGUUUGAUUCCUCCAAGGAAAAACUUCUGGAUUAUGCUCGACGCUGCUAUAAAGCUCUUGAUGAGGAUGCUCACGCUAAGGUGCAGGCCUUGAAGAAGAACAACCUCUUGCUGCCCAUUUCAUACAGGUUCAGACACUAAAUUUCCACAAAUGUAUUCCUUUUUUGUUUUUGUUCCUCAGUUCUAGAUCUACACUUUUGGAGUGAAAAACUGUUUAAAUUCCAACUCUGUUAAUGAUGGUAAUUCUUCAGAUAAAGUGUGUAGAUUAAGAAUGGCGUGUUGACUAAACAUUUGGACAUAUUCUGUACAGUUCUGAAAGUUAAAGAGAGAAAAAUUAUUUGGGUGAAUAAAUAAAGGGCAAAGAACAUUUGUGAGGUAAAUAAUCAGCCACUGUGUUUGAAGAGUUACCUGUCCUUAUUUUGUAUAUAUGCUUAUGUUAUUUAUUGUGAAGUUUGGAAACUCACUCCUUCAAUGGAAGAGACUUUGAAUUGUUUGUGUUCAUAAGUUGGGGAUCACGCAAAGUACCACUUUUCUUUAGUAUCCUGUGAUCAUGAAGCGAUUCAGGCUAAAGAUUAUUGAAUAAAAAAAGUUCUCAGCUUUCUACUAUCUAAAAGAAAAAAGAAAAAAUGUCUUCCUAAUUCAUCUUCAGACUUUCUAAACUUAAACUGCAGUUAUUUUCCAUGCAAAACCUAGUGAGAGAAACUCAAAGAACAGAAUAAUGGGUUCUGUAUAAAUCACUUUAUCAUUGAAAUAACCUUAUAUUAAGCCUUAUUAAAUAACUGUGGCCUUCCAACAGUUUUAUACUUUAAAAUCAUGUAAGACUCCACAACUUAACCCUUUUUUGUUUGUUAUAUGGGACCAUUUACGCCCAUUUCUUUCUUUCUUCCUUUUUUUUUUUUUUUUGUUUGGUAAUUGACAAGGGAAACGUUGUUGUAAAUAAUUUAAAGUGUGGGAUAUUGUUUACAUUUGUGAUUUUUGUACACUUUGGGUCUAGUCCUAUU